AUGGGUCAUUUCAACGUACACUGUUUAGAAACUCCCGCCACGACCGGAGAACAAUUCAAAGCCGAUCUACAAGAUCUAGUAACUACUGUGCCUCUUUACGAUCACAUCACUUUGCCCACUCGGUUCAGAACAGAUAACACGCCAUCUGUGCUGGAUCUUGUGCUUUCUAACGAGGAGCAUAUGAUGGAUGUGUUGGUUUUAGACUGCCCGCUGGGUCGCAGCGAUCACACCGCGAUCAGAUUUAACUUCGUCAGCAAUGCAGAAUAUCUUAAUGAGAACGACGAGACUGUACGAACCAUCACAAGCUACAAUUGA